AUGCGCCUCUGCAUAUUGUUCCUUGUUUUCGCAGUUGGCUUCCAGAUAGCCUCGUGAGUGUAAAGCGUCAUUGGUUGUUACAAUCUCCAGUACAACUUCUUUCCAGUGCCCAAUGGAAUCGUUUCAAUGAUUACGGACCACCGCCGCCGCCGCCGCCACCUCCGCCGCCUCCAAGAUGGCCACCUCCGCCACCUCCGCCGAGAUGGCCGCCUCCACCACCUCCUCCGUACGGCUUCCCUCCACCGCCACCUCCUCCUCCGCCGCCACCUCCUCCGCCGCCGCCGCCACCGCAAACUACAAUCAUCAGAACAACUAUCAUCCGAAACGGACCUUUCACUGCUUGA